AUGUUGUCCAAGUCGUCCCUGUGCGUCCUUGCCGCGGCCGCGGCCUUGUGCGACCGCGCUGGCGCCGCGGUUGCGGGCGGCGAGAAUAAGCAUGGCGCUUGUCGUAAGACGAGCGUCGCCAUCUUGGGCGGAGGCAUGGCCGGCGUCACGGCGGCUCAAGCGCUGCACAACGCGUCCAUCUCCGACUUCGUCAUCAUCGAGUACCAGGACCGGAUCGGUGGUCGGGCCCAGCACACCACAUUCGGCAAGCAAAAGGACGGGUCGCCGUAUACCAUUGAGCUCGGUGCCAACUGGAUCCAAGGACUGGGCAAGCCCGGCGGGCCAGAGAACCCCGUGUGGACGUUUUCCAAGAAAUACAACCUCACAAACACCUACUCCAACUACAGCUCCAUCUUGACGUACAAUGAGACAGGCUACACCGACUUUAGCCACCUCCUCGACGUGUACGAGGAGGCCGCCAGCGGCAUGAACAUCGAGGCCGGGCGCCUGCUGGCCGAGAACCUGCAGGACCAGAGCGCGCGCAGCGGCCUGGCCCUCGCGGGCUGGAACCCGAAGCACUCGGACAUGGCCGCGCAGGCCGUCGACUACUGGAGCUGGGACUGGGAAUCUGCGUUCCCCCCCGAGCAGUCGUCCAUGAUCUUUGGCGCCGCGGGCAACAACCUCACCUUCAACCAGUUUAGCGACGAAAACAACCUCGUCGUCGACCCGCGCGGGUACAGCGCCAUCAUCGACGGCGAGGCGGCCACGUUCCUCAAAAAGGGCGACAAGCGGCUGAUGCUCAACACCAAGGUGGCCAACGUCACGUACUCGGACCACGGCGUCACGGUGCACAACGAGGACGGCAGCUGCGUGUCGGCAGCGUACGCCAUCUGCACGUUUUCGCUCGGCGUGCUGCAGAGCGAUGCCGUCCAGUGGCAGCCCGAGCUGCCGGCGUGGAAGGCGACGUCGGUGCAAAAGUUCGGCAUGGGCACGUACACCAAAAUCUUCUUCCAGUUCAACGAGACAUUCUGGCCCAGCGACACGCAGUACUUCCUCUACGCGUCGCCGUCGGCGCGCGGCUACUGGGCGCUGUGGCAGUCGCUCUCGACCGAGGGCUUCCUGCCCGGGUCCAACAUCAUCUUCGCGACCGUCACCAACGACCAGUCGUACCGCAUCGAGCAGCUCUCGGACGAGGCCGCCAAGCAGGAGGGGCUGGCCGUCCUGCGGCAAAUGUUCCCCGACAAGCACGUGCCCGAGCCCACGGCGUUUACGUUUCCGCGCUGGACCAAGACGGAGUGGUCGUACGGCAGCUACUCCAACUGGCCCGUCGGCACGACGCUCGAGAUGCACCAGAACCUGCGCGCCAACGUCGGGCGGCUGUGGUUCGCGGGCGAGGCCACGAGCGCAGAGUACUUUGGCUUCCUGCACGGCGCGUGGUUCGAGGGCCGCGAGGCCGGCGAGCAGGUUGCCGGCCUGCUGCAGAACCGCUGCGUCAAGGUGUACGACGGCAAGGAGAUGUGCGGCGCGCGCACGCGCUACGAGGACCUGCAUGGGACGUCGCCGCUGCACCACUACAACCUGCUCAACGGCUGGGCGACGAGCAGCUUUUACGCGAGCAAGCGGAAGCGGGAGGCGUGA